UUUAAUAUCUGCAACAUUCGCGUGUUCUUUUAAUUAUUAGUCAUUUGAUUUUUCAUAAAGGAAAAUGAAGAAAUUUUUGAUCAUAAUUGCUGCUUUGCAACUUUGUAUUUUUGUUAAAUCAACAGAAAUAGACCCAAAAUAUCUCAGAUGUCUAGUCUGUAGGGCAACUAUAGAUGAACUAAAAACUGAAUUAGGAAAGAUCGAUCCUUCAAUAGAAAUAGAAGUUGGAAAUUAUAGGAUGGAUGCUAAAGGAAAUAGUAUUACAAAGAAAGUAUCUAAGGCACGUUCUGAAAUCCACAUUUCUGAAACUAUUGAUGAAAUUUGUGAAAAAAUGUCAGAUUAUGUGAGAGCGACAUAUAAAACAAAUGGUCAAUUGACGAUUUUAAAUCUUAUGAGCUCAUCUGGUGUUAUGAAUCCUGAGAUGAGUAAAGUCGAUUUAAUUCAAGAUAAUGAUUUAAAUAAGAGCCUGAAAUAUUAUUGCGAAGGUAUAGUAGAAGAAUUCGAAGAACCUAUAAUCUCUUUAUUCAGUAAAGGAGAAACUAUGAUCAGAAGAAAAUUAUGUACAGAUAUUGCAAAGAUUUGCGAUUCAGAAGAUUUUCUUAACGAAGAUGGUGUAAAUAACAACGAAGAUAACAAAAUAGAAAUAAAUGAUGAAUUAUGAUCUUUACAGAAUAUUUGAAAAGAUUAUAUGAAUAU